AUGAGAGCGUCUCGUGUCUACUGUGCUCGACUGCGGCGCCUCACUCGUGGCGGCGUGCCCUUCCUGCGGCAGCAGCAGCAGCAGCCGGGGGAUCGAGCGGCGAGGUCCACCGCCGCGUGCCUGAGUGAUGCAGAGCAGGCGGCAAGUGCGCUUGCAUGUCGGCUGUUAGAGCGGCACCGGCAGCGUCGCGCGGCACGCCUGCAUGACGAGGCCACCGCGAGUUGUGGUGGUGCCGCGGUGGGGGUUGUCGCGCACCAGCCGCGGGAGGAAGUGCAGGAGGGGGCGGUGGCCAACGCCCUCGCGCGGCACAAGCGGCGACCCGCCGUAGACGCGCUCGCAGGCCACGGCAAAACCGCCGUCCUGGCGAACCUGGCGCGUAGCCUGGACGCCCGGCUGGCCGAGACGCGGGACCUCGUGGCGGCCACCGACCGGGAGUGGGAAGCGCUGACGGCGCGCAGCAGGGUGUCGGCGGCCUGCGCGGAUGCCGACACGCGCUCCGCCGUGCGUGCGUGGGUUCGGUCUUCCCGCACCGACGCCUCGGCGUCCCUCGCUGCGAAAUUCGCCGAGCACCUGACGCCGUUCGAUGCGGUGAUGCAGCGGUAUGGCGGUGCGGUGACGCAGCAUAGACCCCGCGCUGCGGCGUCGGAGGUCGUGCUCGGCUGGCGGGUGAACAUGCCUGCGAGCCUGACGCGGCGAGGCACCCUGCGCUGUGCGUUGGCACGAAGCGAGCAGCUGAGCCGCCGCAGUGAGUGGAGUCGCGUGCGGGAGCGUCAGCUGCCGUUGGGAACCCACUGCGGCGGCGGUGCCGGCGGGCUUAUUGAGGGUGGGAAGGAGAGAGAGGUGGAGAGCCCGUUGGCUGGCCGCGCUUGCAGCAGCCGGCCCUUUGCCUCUCCGGCGUUUCGCCGCUACUGCCUACAGUUUGGCGGUAGCACACUGCGGCAGGUGGCAUUCCUGGCGGACCCUGCGUUGUACUUUGUGCUGUGCAACUGGCGCUCAACCGGCACGGAGUCUCUGCUGGAAGUCCGCCAGAAGGCAGAGACGCUCACCCACCGCUACGCGUCCACUCUGCCGCUGCCUUGA